AUGGAUAAUGAUUUUAUCAAUCCAGAUUUUCAUCCUGUAGUGGAUGAAGCAGAACUACUUGCUGCUCAGGCUGCUGCUGAAGCUGCUGCUGCUGCUCAACAACAAGAACCAGGAGAUGUUUUUCAUAAUGUUGCCCAAGGUUUAAAUGGUAAACAUAGAGAUAUGAUGAUGCAAUAUUGGCAAGAAACUAUAAAUUCAAUAGAACAUGAUGAACAUGAUUUUAAAAAUCACCAAUUACCAUUAGCAAGAAUUAAAAAAGUUAUGAAAACUGAUGAUCAGGUUAGAAUGAUAAGUGCGGAAGCUCCAAUUUUAUUUGCAAAAGGUAGUGAAAUUUUUAUAACUGAAUUAACAAAACGUGCUUGGAUUCAUGCCGAAGAGAAUAAAAGAAGAACUUUACAAAAGUCUGAUAUUGCAGCUGCUUUAACGAAAAGCGAUAUGUUUGAUUUUUUAAUUGAUGUUGUUCCUAGAGAAGAAGAAAAACCAAAAAAAUCUUAUAAUUCAAGAUCAAAUAGUUAUCAAGAUUCAAAAGGUAUAAAAGUAGAAUCACAAGAAGAUGUUGGUAAUAUACCCCUUGAUCAAGAUCCAAAUAUGAUAGGUUAUGAUGUAUAA